AUGCCCGACCUCCCCAAAACCCAAAAAGCCGCCGUAAAGGUCGGCGAGGGCUCAGACUCGAAGACCGAGGUCCGCGACAUCGACGUCCCUUCCCCAGGCCCCGGCCAAAUCCUCGUAAAAAUAAACUACUCCGGCCUCUGCGCGUCCGACAAGUCCCUCCUCCAUGACGAAUGGGCCGCUGGGGGCCUCGCCAUGCAGCCCCAGACCCAUGGCAUCGCCGGCCACGAAGGCGCCGGGAUCGUGGUAGCCGUGGCCGACGACGUCAAGGACCUGUGGAAGGAGGGCGACCGCGCGGGCAUAAAGUGGAUCGCCUCCGUCUGCCGGAAGUGCGAGUUCUGCACCAACGGCGUGGACGAGUGCCAUUGCCCCAAGCAGCUGAACAGCGGGUUCAGCAUCGCGGGCACGUUCCAGGAGUAUGCGCUUACCGACGGCCGGUAUGCGACACGGCUGCCCGAUGGGGUCAAGGACGAAGAAGCCGGCCCGCUCAUGUGCGGCGGUGUCACGGCGUAUGUGGCGUGCAAGCGCAGCGCGGUGAGGCCGGGGCAGUGGAUCGUGCUGCCGGGCGCCGGGGGCGGGCUGGGACAUCUGGCGGUGCAGUAUGCGAAGGCGAUGGGGAUGAGGGUUAUUGCUGUGGACGGUGGAGAGGAGAAGGAGAAGCUGUGCCGUAAGCUAGGAGCGGAGGAGUUCAUCGACUUUACGCAGACCAAGGACGUUGUGGCGGAGGUCAUGCGGAUUACGACGUACGGCGCUCAUGGUGUUAUUGUGACGGCGGCGACGAAGCAGGGGUAUGAGACCGCGCCGAGUAUGCUGAGGCCUGGCGGGACGAUGGUCUGUGUAGGGCUGCCGAAGGACUCGUCGGUCAUUGCGGGCGCGCCGCCGCUGCUGAUGUGCUUGAAGAAGCUGAAUGUCGUGGGCAGCGUUGUCGGAACUCUGAAGGACGUCGAAGACUGCCUGGACUUCACCGCGAGAGGGUUGGUGCAUCCGUCGCUGACGAUGGGGACGCUGGAAGACUUGGACAGGUUCUGCGCGGACAUGAACGCUGGGAAGCUAGCCGGCCGCGCAUGCUUGAAGGUAGCGGCAUAG